UCGAACACGACCAAUCACUCCAACUCAUUGCGGAACUAAAAGUGGGGCAGAACUAUAAGGCAUUGUGACCAUGUCUUCCAAGGACAGUGGACAUUGAGUGUUCAUAGAAAUUAUUCCGUGUGGUAAGCAUUGUAUUCAAGAUGGAGACCGCCAGUAAAAUGAGCCUUGCAGCUCUACAACAACAAGAUCCGUAUAUCAACAAACUUCUCGAUGUUACCGGACAGGUAGCACUGUACACAUUUAAUUCCAAAGCAAAUGAAUGGGAAAAGACCGAAAUCGAGGGCACCUUAUUUGUUUAUGCAAGGUCUGCUUCCCCUCAUCAUGGCUUCACAAUCAUGAAUCGGCUGAGCACAGAGAAUCUAGUGGAGCCCAUCAACAAAGACCUUGAGUUUCAGCUUCAAGACCCCUUCCUGCUGUACAGAAACGCUAACUUGGGUAUAUACAGCAUCUGGUUCUACGAUAAGAAGGACUGCCAGCGCAUCGCUCAGCUCAUGGUGAAGAUCGUGAAGCAGGAAGCCAUGCAGGCCCACCGGGGCUCCCCAGAGAGGGCCAACAUCCCUGGGAGGACCAAUGGCUGCGCAGAACCUCGCCCCAUCGACAUCCUGGAGCUCCUCAGCAAGGCCAAGGAUGAAUACCACAGGAUUCAGACGGGUGAAACUGAGAUGUCCGUUACUGCUGAGCAGGGGUUGAACACCGAGACGCUGAAAACAGCCGGCGGUGCUACAGAGCGCGCUCCCAGUGCCCCACCGCCAGAAAAGAACUCCCACUCUGGCCAGAGGCAGAUCACCGUGGAGGAGCUGUUUGGCAGUUCUCUACCCAAGGAGACCGGCCUGCUGCCAGCCAUGCCUACCCAGAUUUCCACAGACCCUGCUGCCCCGAGCCCCGCCAACUUCCUAAAGGCCCAGCACUACACUCCAUCCAUACCCUUCCAGCCCUUACUGGCACCCCGCCUCACAGCAGCCCCAGUGGGCAACAACCGGCACCUGGCCUCUGGUCUGAUCCCCCUGAUGGAGGCCAGAGGUGUCCCCAGCCCGGGCUACACCCUCCACGCCAGCCCUGUGUUUCCCGGUGGACCUCCAGGGGAACUCCAGCACUCUAUGUCCCCGCUGUUGGUCGCUCCACCUGGGGCUGAGGCUCGCGGUCCCCCCCCUGGCCCUCCGUUGACUUACCUGGGGCAGGAUCUCCUGGGCUCGCUGAAACCCAGCCCCUCUGAUCUCCACAAGCCCGUCCUCGCACCCAACUUCCUGCCCAGCCCGUUGGCCACGCCCCAGAGCUUCAGAGAGCAAAUCCCCAAUCCUCCUGCCAUCUGCAGCAUUCCCACAGGCCCUGUGCAGCCACAGAGUAAAGAAAUGGAUGUGUUCGCUCAGUCUCAGAAACCGUCGAAAACCAUGCCUGCUGUUCCUAUAAAGGCAGGGCUUGUGAUACCGGGGGCGGGUGCUUCACUGACGGGGGCGGAGCGCUCAGUGCUGCUCUCACCGAGCGCCUUUCAGCAUUCUGUUGCCAAGACAACGGAACUGCAGAGGCAAGCUGCUCCUUCCUCCCCUCCAGCAGCAGCCACAGGGGCUGUGGAGCCCCCCCAAUCCCCCUGCAACAGGACCCAGCUGCAGGACACACUCAUCCACCUCAUCAAGAAUGACCCAGCGUUUCUCAGUGCCAUCCACGAGACUUACCUCCAGAUUCUCUCCAAGGACCUGAGCAACGUCAAGCUAUAGCUUUAGUCCAGACAUGGGGAUGGGCCUGGACAUGUCAGGACAGGGGCACAGCCACCAGCCAACCUAAGCUACAGGUACUGAACCACUGGGUGGGACCUGGGACUGCUUCUGCUGCCACCGGCUAUGUAUAGAAACACAGACACUGGCUCUGUUCCUCUGGAGCAGCUAUGGGGACUGCAGGAGGAUUCGAACCCAGGCUCACUCAUAUGGCCCUGCUACCCUAUGUAGAGAAGGUAAAAGGAAGAUGUUACGCUUGACAGUAGUGUCAAAUCAUGUACGCACUCUAGAAAUAAAUAUUGUUCCUCUCUUCUGUGGAUGAGAACUAGACCAAAACCCCUAAGGAGGGUAAACCCUCAUCUCUGUGUGGGUCAGGGGUUAGGACUUGCUGUGCAAGCCAAGCUUUAUUCAACUCCACUUCCUUGUUCUGCCCUCGGGAAUAGCUGUGAUUCUCCACACACAUGCGCUUUGUUCUCUCUCCUCUUUUUUCAAUCUCUGUUCUUUCUUUUUUUCUCUGUCCUUUGCUCUCACCCCAUUCACCACCAAGCCUCUGUCACUAUGCCUGUUAAGGGACGUGUGCAAUAGAAUACAAUGCCUUCUGGGAGAAUACUGUUUACUGAUUCUCAAGUGUCUCCCCCCCCCCAAGGAUCUAAACAGAGAAUUGUUGUAUUAAUUUAGGCCCUAUUCUGUGGGUUUUGCAGUAAAGUCUACUGCAGCACUGAGCCUGAGCUAAAUGCAUUCAACGGGAUCGUCUUGUUUAACACAGAUAUGUUGUCACUCUGCAACCAACAGCUCAAAGGGACUAGCAUGUCAUAACAGGUUGUGUCAGUGUGUAUGUAUUUGAUUUUGUAGGUCAGGUAGUUUUUUUUUUGAAUGUGCUUGAUAAUGUCACCCCUGUACACACAUCUGACCUUGUGCCAUACUGCCAAUCUAUGUUCACAUUAUUUUGAUCACACGCAGCAUGUAUUUCUGUAUGGCUGCAAUCAAUCACACAUUUUGAUUCCGAUUGACGGAAUGAAUGAAUGGCGGUGUUGCGCUAUAGACAUGGGAAGCAAUUGAGAACAUCCUCUAAACCAAUAACUGAUCAACACAUUAUGUUGUCAAAGGAAUAUUUGUUUUUGACCUUGUCUCUGGAUUUAUUUCUGCCAGUAAGUAUAUGUGAGUUUCUUCGGGAGGUAAGAAGAGAACCUCUGACUUGAUUGCACUUUGUUUUCAUGUCGAAAGAAAAUGUCAGUAAAAAGCAUUUCAUGAGCAGUUUGUGACUCCUUUGGUUCCUCGAAUACGUUUAAAAAAAAUAUAUAUCAUAGUACUUAAUACAUGUUGAUUGGUGUGUUUUCAAAGUGUACGUAUUAUUUAGUCACCGGCUCUAUACGGGUGGAGAAGAGAGGUAAAGGCCCAGAGAUGAUUUAAAAAAAACAAAAACAUUUUAAAACCAGUAUGAUUUUUAAGAUUGGUCAGUGCCAGUGUAAUGAUGAGUAAACAUGUUUUUUGGUGUCUUUUUAAGAACCACAUCCGUUUUUAAUUUGUUUUAUUCUGUCACUGUGUACUUCUGUUUUACUAUUUUGUGAUAUUAAAGUGAAGUUUUCUCUCAA